AUGCCCCUUCUCUAUAUGCCAGCUAUACGGGCCAUGAUUGGGAGGCAGAUGACCGCACCGGAGAAGAAUCUUAUCUAUGCAUUAUGUGGUCUCACAUGCAUGCACAUGUCAGGCAAGAGCCUUCAUGUGGACGGCCCAGCAUCGUGGGAGGAUGCGGGACGUUUCUUCCUGGACGAGUGCGUGUCUAACAGGCAGUCGUACGACUUCAUGGAAGACGCCUCUAUCAGCGCUGUCAUAUCGUCCUUCUGGCUGUCGACAUCGUUCUUCGAGAUCAAUCAGAACCGAAAAUCAUGGCUGUACCUGAGAGAGGCUCUGACCCUGGCCCAGGAUAUGGGUCUGCACGACGACUCCACCUACACCAAUCUCUCUCCAGAGGAGGCCUUAUGCCGUCAGCGUGUCUUCUGGAUCCUGUUUGUGACGGAGAGGUCCUUCGCCAUUCUGCGGAACAAACCGAUCACUUUUAAAAAAACGCCAUCGUUGCCGACGACGAGGCAUGCUUACGAGUCCCCAGAUAUCCACACGGGCUUUCUACAGCUUGUGUCAUCCUACACGCCUCUUGAUGAGUCGUUCGUGUCAGCCUGGAACGACGGCUCCGAUCCCCGUGUCUCUGCGACUACUUACCUUGCCCUGCAGAACCUGCUCGCCCAACCGCCAUCUUUUCUCCAGCGCUCCCGCGCAUCAACACCCUCCUCAGACUCUCAACCGUCUGAACCGACCGCGAUCCAAAAGGCCGACCUCCUUAUCACCCAGCAGUGGCUGCGCCUCAUCGUGUGGCAGAGCUCUUUUCGGCAGAGCCUGUUGAGCUGGACCGCGCCCCACGAGAGCAUGCAUUUUGCUUUCCCCUUAGCCAUCGCGCGGUCGACCGCGGGCGUGUUGCAGAGCCUGCCGAGUUCGGCAGUCGAGGUGCACGGCAUGGGCAUGUUUGAGAAGAUCUUUGAAAUCGGAACGUGGUGCAUCAACGUGCUCGGCGCUAUCGACCGCGCAAGCUCGACGGUGCUGGGCGUGAGUAGGAAGGGCGUUGCCAUCGACCCGCUCGAGUUCUUUGUCCGCACCCUCAGCGCGACUCCGAAUAGCAGGACGCAGUUUGCAGAGAGGCUAUUGAUGUUCGCACAAGAGCGACCGGGGGGUAUGAGGAUGGCUCUGACA